UUCCAUAGAUUCUUUAGUUCUGUUUGGAAUCCAUAACCGUGCACAGCCCCACCUGGCGCCCUGUCGAGUGUCUGCAAACCUUAAGCCCAGGUAAACAAUCCGCAAGCCCAUCGUAGGCUGAGGAAGGCUUCUCUUCUUCUCCUCAAACAUUGGUCUCUCUUCUGUCACUCCGCCUUCACUUUCUGCACGUCAUCCUUUUUCUUCAAGCUGACACUCUACUCAAUUGUUCUGAACCAUUCCCUAAAAUCUGCUCUUAUUUUCCUUAAAACUCACAGUUUUAACUUCAAAGCCACUGUCCAAUUCCAGUUUAUAGUGGGAAUUUGGAAGUGAAGAGUUAACGGAAUUUGAAGAUUCCCCGGCGCAAAUUGGAAGAGUUGGGUAUUGAAAUGGAUACCUUUACUCCUGGGAAAAUUAAUCACUUCCUUUGUCCAAAGGUUUGUGUUCCAAUGAUGCAAAAUAAGGUUGUUGUAGCAGUAAGCAAUGCCUUCUUCUCCUAUAAUAGGUAUGAAGAACUCACUACUGCUGUGGUGUGCAUAUCCAUAUCUCACAAACUUUUGAUUAGUUGCAAGUGGCCUGUCCCUUCCAAACACAUCCUCUCAAACAAUAAUUGCUGGGCACCAAUAUUAACCAGGAGAAGACUGGGGCCUGUGGGGUCUCGUGUUCGCUCUUGCUAUGGCAACUCCAAGUUCCUAAAUCCGCAAUCAGCUAACGGAAAUGGAUUAGAAAAGCAUGAAGUGAGGGUCUUGAAGCAGAAAAUGGAACUUCUGGGGAUUAACUGUGAUGAUUCUUGCAUACCUGGAAAUUAUGGUCACUUGCUUUGUCCCAAGUGUGAAGGUGGAAGAUCAAUGGAGAAGAGUUUAUCUGUACAUAUUAACCGAGAUGCUUGGCAAUGGGAUUUGCGCAGGGAUCUUGCAAUGUGGCGGUGUUACCGUACUUGCUGUGGAUGGACAGGACAGGCCUUUGCAAAUGGUAGAGUGACAAAUGAGGGAAUGAACAUAAUUUUCAAAGUCAGUUCCCCUAGGCAAAUAACAGCUGAAGGCAUGGUACUAGAACCACUAGGUGAGAAGCUAAUUGCAUACUUUGGUGAUAGAAUGAUAUCUGAAGAAACCCUCAGGAGAAAUUCUGUUAUGCAGAUGGCUGGUGAUCAGGGUAUUAUUGCAUUUACUUAUAGACAAAAAGGAGUGCUCAUUGGUUGCAAGUAUCGAACUAUUGAGAAAAAUUUUUGGCAGGAUAAGGGCACAGAAAAAUGGUUAUAUGGGCUGGAUGACAUUAAAGAAGUGACUGAAAUUGUUAUUGUUGAAGGCGAAAUUGAUAAGCUUUCAGUGGAGGAAGCUGGCUUCUUUAAUUGUGUUAGUGUUCCUGGAGGUGCCCCACAAACUGUUUCUACUAAAGAUAUACCAUCACUGGAAAAGGACAAAGCAUAUCAGUAUCUAUGGAAUUGCAAAGAGUACUUGGAUAAGGUGUCUCGCAUUAUCCUGGCAACUGAUGGCGAUGCAAGUGGGCAAGCCUUGGCUGAAGAGUUAGCACGCCGGCUGGGAAAAGAAAGAUGUUGGCUUGUAAGAUGGCCCAAGAAAGAUCACUCCUGUUGCUUCAAAGAUGCAAAUGAGGUUCUCAAGUGUUUAGGACCAAGUGCUCUGAAGGAAGUAAUUGAAACAGCAGAAUCAUAUGAAGUAUGCACUAUGAAUCAGGUGAUUUAAGGUAUGUGGUUUUAACAGUGUAAGUGCUUUAUACUAUGAGCCAGUUAAAUUUUAUAGAAAAUUUUGGACAACAGCCAUUGGUGGGGACCAUGAAACCCAUAUGUGUAACCCAUUGUGGAUUUAAGUAGGAAUGUUUGUGGCACUUCUUUGUAAUGAAAAGAAUUGUAUUAUUAUUAAUCUAAUGUAGUUUAUCCAAUUUUGGACA